GUCUCCCUUUUUCGUCUCUAUCCACAUUUUUACACAAAACUUUUUCUCAUCGGUGUGUGUUUUUUUGUGAAAUAAUCGUGCGUCGUUAGACAAGAUAUUUAAUAAGAAGGAAUAUAAAAAUAAUAAAAAAUACGUAAAAAGAGAAAAAAAAUCAAACAAAUAUGCUAUUUCGACCUUUUCUAUAGACGUGCUGUGGUAGCUUCGUGUAUAUUUGUUAAGGAUAAGCAGAGUCAACGAUGGAUAUCACAACAACUAAUAAAGUUCUCAUGGACAAUCGACACCAAAUUUUCAUCGAGAGCGGCGGUCCCGAUGCCUAUCUCGGAAUUUCGAAUGACUUCAUCGACGAGUCGGGCAUUUUCAAUGAGACUAGUCUCAUUAAUGCUUCGCUCAGUUCCAUUUCCACGCCAACGCUCAACGAAACGUCACUCAAUGUCACACAUCUUACGGAUGAGCCGGUUUCGGAAGUCAUCUUGAUGGCAGUUCUCUCAUUAGUGCUCGGACUUAUGAUAUUGGUUACAGUUAUCGGAAAUGUAUUUGUUAUCGCUGCCAUUAUUCUCGAACGUAACUUACAAAAUGUGGCCAAUUAUUUGGUUGCAUCAUUAGCUGUAGCCGAUUUACUUGUCGCUUGUCUUGUGAUGCCCCUGGGUGCGGUAUAUGAGAUAAGCAAAGGAUGGAUUCUUGGGCCCGAAUUGUGUGAUAUGUGGACGUCAUUUGAUGUUCUUUGCUGUACGGCAUCGAUUUUGCAUCUCGUGGCGAUAGCAACUGAUCGAUAUUGGGCUGUCACAAAUGUCGACUACAUUCAUUCCCGCACAAGCAAACGCGUGUUUAUCAUGAUAUUCCUUGUGUGGUUUUUCGCGGUUAUUGUAUCGCUGGCGCCGCAAUUUGGCUGGAAAGAUCCCGAGUAUAUGCAACGAAUUGAGCAGUUAAAGUGUAUGGUAUCACAAGAUGUUUCCUAUCAGGUUUUUGCCACCUGCUGUACUUUCUAUGUUCCUCUCUUUGUUAUACUAGUUUUAUAUUGGAAAAUUUAUCAAACUGCUCGCAAACGUAUACGUAGAAGGAAACCAAAACUACCAAUUGCAUCAAAUAAUAAUCAGGAUGUGCCAAAACCUAAAAGAAAAUUACGCUUCAGAAUCGGUGCAUUUAGUAGUCAUAAUAAUAAUAGUGAUCCAGAUAAAUCAAAAAAGGGAGCAACUGCCCACGCAUCAUCAUUAGGUUUAGUCGAGGGCAAUUCCACGAAUACAGUAAACACCGUGGAAGACGUUGAUCAGGACAACAGUACAAAUAAUGCGAGUAAUGGCAGUGACUCGAUGCCAGCGAAGCAAAUUCACUUUCAUCACGGCGGAAGCGGCAAAAAUAAGCCAUGUACAAGUAGCACGAAUGGCGGCACAGAAGUUACUGCCUUCAAUACAAAUGUCGUCGAUGAAAGUGCUACAUCAUCAUCAUCGACAACCACAACCACGAUAACCACUUCGUCCGUUAACCAAAUCACGCAGGCACCAUCUGCCAUUGUCAUCGAGAACAAUAAUCAGCAUUUGCAACCGCCCUUAUCGACGCCCCCGCCUUCCGCAGGAAGUGAUUCCGGCAACAACCAACUGCCCAUCGCCACAAUUAGCAGUCAAGUAUCGACGCCGUUGCAUCAUACGCCGCAAGCCGCCUCAAAUGCCAACAAAGCAAUCUCCAACCUCAAUAAACGCAAAGAGACAAUCGAGGCGAAGCGCGAACGAAAAGCUGCCAAAACGCUCGCAAUUAUUACGGGCGCUUUCGUUGUGUGUUGGCUCCCAUUCUUCCUCAUGGCAUUACUGAUGCCCCUUUGCGAAACUUGUGAAAUACAAGAUUGGAUAGCUUCGCUGUUUUUGUGGCUCGGAUACUUUAACUCGACACUCAAUCCCGUCAUUUACACGAUUUUCAGCCCGGAAUUUCGACAAGCGUUCAAGCGGAUUUUAUUUGGAUCACACAACCGCGCGACGUAUUACAGACGGGGGAAAUUGUAAUUAAACUCGAAUAAGUUUGAGUUUUAUUGAACGAAUUAGUUGCUUCAAUCAUCACUGCC